AAAUAGUUAUGGAAUUUUAAAUUACUUUACACCAUUAUACACACGCAUCUACCUACAUCAUGAACCAUUAAGGGUAUGGAUCAGAAAUAAGCCAAUAUGCAAUAUAUCAAAACCGAUAACCAACCAUGUGAGGUCACAAUGAAGCUGAGGAACAGCACAUCGGAUCAAAACGUUGUCAUCACAUACGUUUGUCUUAUAAAUGACGUGAAACCAACUGGAUCGAGACAUUAUGUUAAUAAAUCUCACAGAAUACAAUAUGGAGUAGAUGAGGUUGAUAUCGAUGCUGAACCCAUUCAGGUCGAAAGAUCGAAAGCUCUCCAUGAGCUCGUUGAGUCACGAAAGCACGAAGAGGUGUUGAGCAAAAAUAAUGAAGAUCAGCCUGGACAAUUGAAUUCAUCGACGCCAGCGUAUCCUACCAUCACCUUCAGCGAAGACAGUGAACUAUCCGACAUGGAUGAUGGUUUCAGUGAUCCAAAAAUUCUGAAACUUACCAAAAUGAAAUGGCUCUCCGAAAGUCAAGGUGGCACUCCCGAUUCAAGCAUUUCACUAUCGCCAGCACCUUCAACCACCAGUUCUAACUUCAGUAGAGAAACAGAAUACGAUGAUAAUGAAAGUGACCCAAAUCUUGGAGACAAGUAUUUAUCAACCAUCCUCCGUAUAGAUAAAGAGCACAACCUAUUUUUCGGCUUGUCGAACAUAGCGAUUGUGGGCUCCCGACAAUUUAAGAAGAUGCGUAAGGACGAGGAUAAUAAACCAUUGUUUCCACAAACAACUAUAGUGCAAGUAGUUUAUACAGGAUGCGUAUGUCAGGGUUGCUGCAGACAUAAGUCCAAAAGUGAUUUCCCAAGGUCGUUGAAGUGUGGAACAGGAUGCACGUUUUGUUGUUUAACACCGAGUCGUGCUAGUUGCCUACCGCAAAGAACACUGUUCGAUGAUUCCCCGAGGAGCUGCCCAGCUCCGCCGUGCCCAGAUUUAUUAAAGGAUAAACCAAGUAAUGACGUGUGCCCAACAUCACCAUGCUCUAGUCCGCCGUGUCCAGAGAUCAUCAUUCCCCCGGAACCCAAGACCUCCUGUGCAACUAAUUGCGUUGGCGUGAAGAUAAAAUUAAACAGAAAACCUGUACCAGUGGUGCAACCUAUAGAAAUUACACCGCGUUCUAGAUGUAUUCUCACUAAGCCAUUAGCAACAAGAACCUGCUACCACAUACCGCCAUGCGUGCCACCGGGACCGGGUUUCCCGCUCCUGUUACCGUGCUUCUGGCCAGUCCGGCCAAAUGCCCCUUGCAGUGACCCAAAACAAUGUUUACACAAUCCCACUUGUCCGAAUUCACUUCGUCCAUCAUAUCUGCCAGAAAUUACAAAAGUUGAACCUGUACGGGUAAAAUUUUUAGGAGAGAGUAGAAAAUCCUCAACAGGCUCAACCACAGGCUCAGCCACAGGCUCAACCACAGGCUCAACCACAGCCUCAAAAUUAAUUCGCAACACCGAUGAAGCGUCGAAGCAAAGGCUCUAUAGCUCAAAACAUAUGUCAUCCUAAGUGCGUCCCCGGCAAAGCACCGCGAAAGGACUGCGAGUGUUACUUGCCGAAAUGCGAGAGCUGCUUUGUACAAAUGCCUAAGAUAACAAGGGAAAACGUGACGUCUUCAACGCAAGUUGAUGAAAGAAUAAUAACUAAAAUAGAGAAUACAGACAAAACAAAAACUGUAGCGAAACAAAACUCUCGAAGAAUCCUUGAUGAAAAUGGCGAAUGGUGUAAAUGUGACGACUUUGAUGAGUGUGAAAACAUUAUGAAUUCGUGACUUUAUCUUGCUGAGCUUAUUACAACGAGUUACAUAAAAAAGGAAAUUACACAGAAACAUCGGUAAAUUAGUUGUGUAGCGUGGGGGGUGCAGAGGAGGCCAUGGCUCCGGGCGUCACAGCAAUGGAGGCGGCAGCGAGUGCGGCCUAGCCCUGACUAGUCAACAUUAUUUUUUUACUUAAAAUUAGAAAAUAAAUUCCGCCAUUUGAGAAAACGAUAUCCUGAACAACACAGAGAUGGCGACGGCGAGCCUGCCCGAACUAACUACUCUUGUAAUCGUGAAAGUAGAGGGGGAAGCAAAGUUAAGGUUGGCCCCGAGCAGUAGGAAUUGACGCUACGCCCCUGCAGUAAAUUGAUGAAGACGAUGAGAAAGUAGAAAAUAAAUAAAAACGAGAGAAAAACAAAUAAAGAAAUUGAUGAAGAUGAUGUUUGAGGAAGUAGAAAAUGAACAAAAAAAAAAAAGAAAAACGAGAAAAAA